GGUAUUUCAGUCUUCCGCCGUAACUAUAAUAACGGUAAACUAGGUACUUUUGAAGUAAAAUUAUUUUAUACAAACGGAUUGAGCCAAGAUAAAGAGUUUAUACAUCAACACCAUUUUGAUCGACUCUGAGCAAUGUCACACAAAGUCUUCAGCCAUUGAUUACGAUAUUCACGCGGAUCCCAACAAAGUAGUCUGCGCAGACUACUAGAUGCGUAUCUAAUAAUAUAGCUCAGAUCAAAAGUUAGUGACUUCAAAACUGUUGCCACAUUUUGAUUUGGCCACAACUCUAGUCAGCAGUGCGUGAUAAUCGGUGUCCAGGCAUACGUAACACGUGGCCCAACUAUAUCAGUCAAUGAAGAUUCACAACCUCAUCAAUUGAUUUACCACCAUUCCUUAACACUCUAAGUUUAAUCUCACUAUUAUAUAACCGGUGAAUAUAUUUAUAGGUUUAUUUGUAUCGUUUUUUCACAGUGGAUCGAAAAUUCCCAAUAAAAUGGAUGUCCGGAUCAAAUAUCCGUUUAAACACUUCCUGAAAGAGGGAAUUGUUUCGAAGCCUAAGAAAAAAAGAACCGAAGUAAACAACCAUAGCCCCACAAAUACUUAUGAUACUACAGGGCCAAAAGACGAUGAGAAUGUUUUAAUGAUAUCAAGUGGUGAUCAAUGUCAAACUAAAUACAGAAAACAACCAAGGAUAAUUAAAGGAAGGUCAAUAGUUGACAGACAUCCUAAUUUAAAUAAAAAUUCAAUUGAAAAACACUGUUUCGGAGUACAACCAGGUUUAUCACAAACUGAGAUAACUGCAGAACUAAUUCGAUACUCGCAAAUGGUCAGUAAAAUACAAGAAACUAACCCACAACUUUUCCUACGAAAAUGUCAGUAAGAAAACAUUAUGAGAAAAUUAUUGCCCUUUAGAAUUAAAUAAAACUACAUACAUGAGGUCU